AAAAACCCAUCAGUCACACGCACCGCUUCCCAUUUCUCUCUCCCGCUAUCAACGCCCAAUUAACCAACUUUUCUGUCCCGAAACCUCCAAAUUCCCCUUCGUUUUUUCAACACCAAAACUGACACCAUCCACGAUGAGACCAUGACGGUGUCGUUUCAAGUCGUCCAAAACCAUUCACCGCCACAACCAUCCCAACAACCCCCACACCAACCCCAACAACCACCUCCGCAACAGCAGCAACAACCACCGCCACAACAGCAGCAGCAACCACCGCCACAGCCGCAACCACCAUCCGAACCGCCGCAGCCGCCAAGUGUCGUCAGGAAGCUAAUCGUCGAAGUCGUCGAUGCACGUGACCUGCUCCCCAAGGAUGGCCAGGGCAGCUCCAGCCCCUACGUCGUCGCCGACUUCGACGGCCAGCGGAAGCGGACCUCCACCAAGUUCAAGUCGCUCAACCCUGUCUGGAACGAGCCUCUCGAGUUCAUCGUCUCCGACCCUGACCACAUGGAAUACGAAGAGCUCGAGAUCGAGGUGCUCAACGACAAGCGUUUUGGGACUUCCAGUGGCAGCGCCCGUAAAAACCACUUCCUCGGGAGGGUAAAGCUGUACGGCACACAAUUUUCGAAGCGUGGCGAUGAGGGACUGGUGUAUUUCCAGCUGGAGAAGAAGAGCGUGUUCAGCUGGAUAAGAGGCGAGAUUGGACUGAGGAUUUAUUACUACGACGAGAUGGUUGAGGAAUCGCCUCCGCCGCCAGAGGACCCUCCGCAGGAGAAGCCGAGAUCUCAGCCUCCGGGGGUUGUGGUGGUCGAGGAGGGAAGGGUGUCUGGAGCCCAUGGAAUGCCGGUUGAGAACACAAUCCACCACAAAGGCUCGCACUCGCCGCCAGUUGUGGUGAUCGAGGAGUCGCCGCCGCCGAUGGUUUAUGUGCAUUCUGAACCGCUGGUUCAGGAGAUGUCGAAUCACCAGCAUCAUCAGCAUGAGGAGGUUCAAUUUCAACCAGAGGUGAGGAAGAUGGAGAUGAACAGAGUCGGUUUGCCAGGUGAAAGAGUGAGAAUCCAACGAAGGCCAAAUGGAGACUACGCUCCGAAAGUGAUUUCUGGAAAGUUCGGGGCGAAGGGUGCGGCGGAGAGGAUUCACCCCUGCGAUCUCGUGGAGCCGAUGCAGUACUUGUUCAUCAGAAUCGUCAAGGCUCGAGGACUCGCUCCCAACGAGAAUCCAUACGUCAGGGUCCGUACGUCGGCCCAAGUCGUGAGGUCGAAGGUGGCGGUUCACAGGCAGUGUGAGCCGACCGACUCGCCCGAGUGGAACCAGGUGUUCGCGCUCGCACACAACCGGCCUGAAUCAGCGGGUUCCGAGUUGCAGAUCUCCAUUCACGACUGGCCGUCCGAGCAGUUCUUAGGCGGCAUUUGCUUUGACAUGAGUGAGGUGCCGGUUCGUGACCCGCCCGAUAGUCCUCUGGCUCCGCAGUGGUGGCGUCUAGACAGUAGCGCCGGAGAUCAGCACCCCGGUCGAGUCUCCGGCGAUAUCCAGCUAUCGGUUUGGUUCGGGACCCAAGCGGAUGACGCGUUCCCGGAAGCGUGGAGCUCCGACGCUCCAUUCGUGGCUCACACGCGCUCCAAAGUUUACCAAUCGCCGAAGCUCUGGUAUCUGAGGACGACGGUUAUGGAAGUUCAGGAUCUUCACAUACCGUCAAAUUUGCCUCCAUUGACAGCUCCAGAGAUUCGCGUCAAAGCUCAGCUCGGCUCCCAAUCGGCGCGAACCCGGCGCGGCUCCAUGAACAACCACUGUGCGUCGUUUCACUGGAACGAGGACCUCAUCUUCGUCGCCGGCGAGCCGCUUGAGGACUCGCUGAUUCUACUCGUGGAGGACCGCACAAACAAGGACGCCGCGCUCCUCGGCCACGUCCAAAUUCCGGUGAGCUCGAUCGAGCAGCGAAUCGACGAUCGCUACGUGGCGUCCAAGUGGCUCCCACUGGAAUGCGGGGGCGGCGGAGGUGGGCCCUGCGUUAGCGGCGGAGAUGGGUCCUACUGCGGGAGAAUCCAUCUGCGCCUUUGCCUGGAGGGUGGAUAUCACGUGCUGGACGAAGCGGCGCACGUGUGCAGCGAUUUCAGGCCGACGGCUAAGCAGCUUUGGAAGCCGGCUGUCGGCAUUUUGGAGCUGGGGAUUCUCGGCGCGCGCGGCUUGCUUCCGAUGAAGGCGAAAUCCGGCGGGAAAGGCUCCACGGACGCUUACUGUGUGGCCAAGUACGGGAGAAAGUGGGUGCGGACCCGAACCGUGAUGGACAGCUUUGACCCGAGGUGGAACGAGCAGUAUACGUGGCAGGUUUAUGACCCUUGCACUGUCCUCACCAUCGGAGUGUUCGACAACUGGCGUAUGUUUGCUGCCGCGGGGGAGGAAAAGCCAGACUACAGUAUAGGAAAAGUACGAAUACGUAUAUCUACGAUGGAGAGCAACAAGGUGUAUACGAAUUCGUACCCGUUGCUGGUGCUGCUGAGAACCGGGUUGAAGAAAAUGGGCGAGAUCGAGCUGGCGGUCCGGUUUGCCUGCCCGUCGUUGCUGCCCGAGACGUGCGCGGUGUACGGCCAGCCAUUGCUUCCCAGAAUGCACUACCUCCGCCCGCUCGGGGUGGCUCAACAAGAGGCGCUACGUGGCGCCGCAACUCGCAUGGUGGCUGCGUGGCUGGCGAGGUCCGAGCCGCCGUUGGGGCAGGAGGUGGUUCGGUACAUGUUGGAUGCGGAUUCGCAUGCGUGGAGCAUGAGGAAGAGCAAGGCCAAUUGGUUUCGGAUCGUGGCGGUUCUUGCGUGGGUUGUCGGGUUAGCGAAAUGGUUGGAUAGUAUCCGGAGAUGGAGAAACCCGGUUACGACGGUUUUGGUCCACGUGUUGUAUUUGGUUCUUGUUUGGUACCCGGAUUUGAUCGUCCCAACCGGGUUUUUAUACGUUUUCUUAAUCGGAGUUUGGUAUUACCGAUUCAGGCCCAAGUCACCAGCUGGUAUGGAUAUCCGGCUUUCACAAGCGGAUUCGGUCGACCCAGAUGAGCUCGAUGAGGAAUUUGACACUAUCCCAAGCUCAAGACCGUCCGAUAUCAUCCGGGUCAGGUACGACCGGUUGCGAAUGCUGGCGGCCCGGGUCCAAACCGUUUUGGGCGAUUUUGCAACCCAAGGAGAGAGGGCCCAAGCAUUGGUGAGUUGGAGGGACCCUAGAGCCACAAAAUUGUUCAUCGGAGUGUGCCUAGCAAUCACUGUGGUUUUGUACGCGGUGCCACCAAAAAUGGUUGCUGUGGCCUUGGGAUUUUACUACCUGCGCCACCCCAUGUUCCGAGCGCCGAUGCCGCCGGUGGGCCUGAACUUCUUCCGACGGCUUCCGAGCUUGUCGGACCGGCUAAUGUAGAGGGUGGAAGGAAGAAAAUUACUAGACAUAUCAUAUAUGUGAGAGCAUUUUUUUAGGUGCCACGUUUUAGAGGGUGUGACAAAUUACAAGGCAAAGCAACUGUGCAAAGUUCAAAAGUGGUCUUUUAAGGAGGGAAAAAAGGGAUUUGUCCAAAAAAAAAAAAGAAAGGAGGGAAAGAAGCGAGAAUUGGAGGGAAAAGUUCGAAAGCGGCAAAGUUUGUCUUAAUUUGGUUGAAUUGAUUGACUGACUGAUAAAAUUUGAUCGAUAUAAGAGAGAGGCAAUGUUGGCGUGGGGAAGGACUUGGGAUGAUGUUCCGGAAAGUAUGAACACGUCAAUUAAAUUGCCUUCUAACAUGUAAUUUCAAUCGCAGCUGUUCAUUUUUUAUAUUACUCGGUAUUUUGUGUUAUUGAGAAAAAUUGAUUAAUUCUUCGUGGA